AUGCCAGUUAUUCUUACACAAAAUAUUGCUAUUGAAUUGGGAUUAAUUAACGGCAUGAAUGGAAUUUUUAGACAACCAGUUUAUGAUACUGAUUCAAUCUCAACAGAAAGUCCAUCAACAACGUUUCCAAUGAACACUACAUAUGUGCACAAGCCAAUAUAUGCAUUGGUCGAAAUAAGCAAAUCAAAAAUUGAAUGUAAUCUUGAAAAACUCCAACCAAAACUUAUUCCAAUACCAAUAAUGAAACAAAUAUUUCAGGUAGACGUUUCUGAUAUUAUUCCGAACGUCAACAGCAAAUCAAAAACAACUAGAAAGGCAAUGUUAUCGAUUAAGCGAUGCGCAUUAUCUCUUGUACCCGCCUAUUCUAUUACAACUCACAAAAGUCAGGGACAAAUUUUAAACAAAGUCGUUAUUGAUUUGAAACUACCAAAGGAUACAGAUGACAUCACUGCAAUCUAUGUACCAUUAUCAAAAGUGAAACGUCUAAGUGACUUAAUUAUUUUGCGACACUUUGAUUACAAAGUCUUGCAGAUCAAACCCAGUAAAUCUCAAGUUGCCGAGAUCCAAAGACUAGACAAACUCUAUAUGGAAACACAGAAGCGUUCCUAA